AGGCUUUUUCGGACAUUUUAAAAAAGUUUUUGGACACUAUGAUAAUUGUGUGGUUGUUGUUGGUUAUACCGUUGUUGUGGCUGGUGGUGUUCCGCUAUCGGAGACGGAGGAUGUACGCGCUCGCCUCCCGCAUUACCGGGGGGAAAGAAGAGCUGCCUUUUAUUGGGAUUGCACAUAAGUUCACAGGGACCACGGAGGAUAUUAUGUCGUCUCUCAAGGAUCUCAGUUACACGGCCAUGGAAAACAAUGGGAUGAUCAGAGGCUGGCUUGGCCACAUACUUUAUUUUCUGGCCCUGGACCCAGUGGAUCUUGAAGUGGUGUUGAAAACGUGCUUGGAAAAGGACGACCUGCACCGCUUCCUACGGAAAAUUAUUGGCCUCGGCGCAAUAUUUGCUCCAGUUUCCAUCUGGAGACCAAGACGGAAGAUCCUCGUGCCAGCAUUCAGCCCGAAGAUCGUAGAGGGCUUCGUGCCGGUGUUCGCCGAGCAGAGCAUGAAGCUGGCUGGCAAGCUGGGCGAGCGGGCUGGUGCGGGCAAACUCAGCGUGUGGCCGUUCAUCAGCUCGUACACUCUUGACUCUGUUUGCGAAACAGCAUUCGGCGUGAAGAUAAACGCCCAAGACGACGAGAAGUCCCCGUUCCUGGUGGAGCUGAACAAAAUCCUGCAGCUGGUCUGCGAGCGCAUCUUCCACUUGUGGCUGCAGCCUGAUUGGCUGUACAAGUUCUUCCCGCAGUAUCGCAAGCACAAGCAGUGCUUGCGGAUCUUGCAUGGAUUCACUAAUGACGUUAUAAUGAAGAAGCGAGAAGAAUUAAAAACGGCACAACGUCUUAAGACACAACGUGAAUUUGAUCUAUCAGAUUAUUCCAACAAGACGUUCCUGGAUCUGCUCAUCCACUUUUCCGGCGGCGAGAAAGGUUACAGCAACAUAGAGCUGCGUGAAGAAAUCCUGACCCUGACCAUCGCAGCCACCGACACGUCGGCCACUGCCGUCGGGUACACGCUCAUGAUGAUGGCCAAGUACCCGCACAUUCAAGAAAAAGUUCUCGAGGAGCUCGACGAAGUGUUCGGAGACUCGGACCGACUCUUUGAGAAGGAGGAUCUGCUUCGUCUGAAGUACUUGGAGCGCGUUAUCAAGGAGACACUUCGGCUGUUUCCACCCGUGCCCUUCAUCAUCAGGAAGGUUGAGGAAGAAAUCGUGUUGCCCUCGGGUCGCGCGCUGCCCGCCGGCUCAGGCGUAGUGGUUUCCAUCUGGGGCACUCACCGUAACCCCAAGUACUGGGGUUCGGAUGCGGAGAAGUUCGAUCCGGACCGCUUCUUGCCGGAGCGGUUUAACCUCAAACACCCGUGCGCCUUCAUGCCUUUUAGUAGCGGGCCGAGGAACUGCAUUGGUUACCAGUACGCCCUGAUGUCGAUCAAAACUGCGCUGUCAUCGGUACUCCGGUACAACCGCGUGGUUGGCGACACGGAGGCGUGCGCCACACCGCAGAUCCGCGUGAAGCUUGACGUCAUGAUGAAGGCCGUGAACGGGUACGAGGUGGCACUGGAGAGGAGAAGACAACCUAAAAGUUGUCAAGAGAAAUCAUAAGUGUAGUGACAAUUUCUGGCGUAGA